AUGGGUUCAGAGCAGAACGACAAAGCAAGCUUCCCACCAGUGAAGCCGAAGAUACGACUGUUGUUUUUUGGUUCGGCGUCCAACAUGAACAUCUGCUCCAAGUGCCAAGGCCGUGAUGGGAAGACCCUCAGCUUAAAAUCAAUGAAGCCCAUGUCGGAAGCUGAAUCAAUUGUCGGCGACAUCAAAUCUGCAGCGCCAGCGGCAGAGCAGGUGAUUGUGCUUGAGAAAUCAUCGGCAGCGGCGAUGGGGUCAUCAUUGUUCGAUGCGGCGGCAACCAAGGUGGUCAAGGCGGCGAACAGGUGCUUAACCUACAACAGGAGGGAAGCUGGGAAGAAUACAAUUAUUGGAUGCAAUCCGGUCCUCAAGGAUGAAAUGGAAUGA